GUGCGUCAUCAAUCUGCGCCACCUGAUUUCAGAGACCCCGGGUUUAGAGUGGGAAGUGAGGUGCGGGAAGAACGUCGCUUUCUGAUGAAUUCACUCACAGUGGAAUUGGGACCGGGCUGGAAUCUGGUCCCUGGAGGCUGGUACUUGCACGGUAAACCCCCUUCUCAGGUGGUCUGACAGCUCGACAGAUUUGUCUGCAGUCUGAGUACAGGAGGUUGAAUUAGUUCUUAAUAAUGGGAAGAACCUACAUUGUAGAAGAGACUGUGGGCCAGUAUCUUUCAAACAUCAAUCUUCAAGGAAAAGCUUUUGUCUCUGGUCUUUUAAUAGGACAGUGUUCUUCACAAAAGGAUUAUGUGAUUCUUGCCACUAGAACGCCACACAAAGAGGAACAAGAUGAGAGCCCCAAACGUUCCAAAGCUAAGUUGGAUAACUUGGAUGAAGAAUGGGCCACAGAACAUGCCAACCAGGUAUCCAGAAUGCUACCAGGGGGACUUUUAGUUCUUGGAGUAUUUAUUAUUACAACUUUAGAGAUGGGAAAUGAGUUUCAAAAUACCCUACGUAGACUAGUAUUUGCUGUGGAAAAAUCUAUGAGUAAAAAGAGACUGUGGAAUUUCACAGAAGAGGAGGUCUCAGAACGAGUGACGCUUCACUUUUGCUCUUCUACAAAAAAAAUAUUUUGUCGAACUUACGAUAUCCACGAUCCAAAGAGUUCUGCAAAACCAGCAGAUUGGAAGUAUCAAAAUGGACUAUCAGCUUCAUGGCUUUCCUUAGAGUGCACGGUUUAUAUUAAUAUUCAUGUUCCGCUGUCUACUACUUCUGUCAGCUAUACUCUGGAGAAAAAUACAAAGAAUGGACUUACACGCUGGGCCAAGCAAAUAGAAAAUGGUGUUUAUUUGAUUAAUGGACAAGUUAAAGAUGAAGAUUGUGACCUAUUAGAAGGACAGAAAAAAUCUUCUAGAGGAAAUACUCAAGCAACUAAUCAUUCUUUUGAUGUCAGAGUGCUAACACAGUUGCUUCUGAAUUCAGACCACAGAUGCACAGCCACAGUCCAGAUCUGCAGUGGCUCUGUAAACCUUAAGGGUGCUGUGAAAUGCAGAGCUUAUAUUCAUAGCAAUAAACCCAAGGUUAAAGAUGCUGUGCAGGCCAUGAAAAGAGAUAUAUUGAAUACAGUUGCUGAUCGUUGUGAAAUACUGUUUGAGGAUCUGCUUAUGAAUGAAAUUCCAGAAAAAAAAGAUUCUGAAAAAGAGUUCCACAUUCUCCCUCACCGAGUUUUUGUCCCCAUUCCGGGAUCCACCGUAAUGUUAUGUGAUUAUAAAUUUGGUGAUGAGUCAGCUGAAGAAGUAAGAGACCAUUUUAUAGAGAUGUUAGAUCUUAGGAUUCAAAUCGAAGAUUUGAAAAUUGCAGAGGAAAUGAACACAGUAUCAGCAAAUUUGGAGACAGACCUUUAAAAUCUGGUGAAACCCAUCUUUGCCAAUUCUGUCUUGAUAUCAGAGGUGAAAUUAAUUUUUUUGUUUGGUUAAACAGUGACAGUGUAAUUAUACAGGAAAAAAGUAAUUCUGAAGAUGUAUUUUCAUGGCUAAAUCAUUGACUAGAGAAACCUCAUUAACUUAGGAUUUAGGAAUCUGGAAGACAACAACUAACUAAGGAGUUCAAGUCCUUAAAUUUCAUUUCAAACUUCUAAAUAGUCCCACCUGUCAGCAGCUUGGAAUGACAUUGAAUGUAUCUACAACUUAGCGUGCAUUCAUCAUGGCCCUUGUUUUCUCUUUUGUUGACAGUUGCUUAAGAAAAGUUGCUUUCUUAAAUGAAUAAUUUGAGAUUUGUCUGAAGUUAAAAUUACCUAGUUUUAAGGAAUGGUUAAGAUCUACUUUCCUAUUGAAUCACAUGUUAUUUGCAUGUAAAGUUCAUGUAACAUUAAGGUAUUAGUAAAAAUGACAGUGUCUGAGAUUUGAAUUAAAUUCUACAUGCCCCCACCAAAAACAGACACAAACAAAUUGUUAUGAUAAGGGUUUAUUCAUCCUUGAAAAAUACUCUGCUUCAGUAAAAUUGUCUUAGAUUUGUAUCAAAUCAAUAUGAUUUUGUAUGACAGAUUUUAAAAUGGAAAUAGCAGAGCAAUGGAAUGCCUUUUUUUAAUAGAAGUAAAUUGUUUAUACAGAGGACUCGACCUGUUAGAUCAUGAUCUUCACAAAUAACAAGUCAGUAUUCAAUGUGCAAGUAAUAUGUCAUGACAGAUAAAACCAUUUUUGUGCUCUAUCUACGGACACUCAAGAAAAAAAGUAAAAAAUUUCCUGUAGCAAAUAGAUAUAAUUCGUUUCAUUCAUUAUUUUUGUUUUUAUCUGAGAUAAGGAUUUUAGUGGCCCAAAGAAAAAGCUUUUUAGCAGUGAUAUUUGCUAAUAGAAAAAGCCAAAGUUGUGUGUGUGUGUGUGUGUGUGUGUGUGUGUGUGUGAGAGAGAGAGAGAGAGAGAGAGAGAAUGUUUUUAAAAUGAAUAAAGUUGUACUAUGUAUUCAACUUUUAGAACUAUGGAUGAAGUUAGGAGAAAUUUUAAGCUGGUGGGCUAAUGUAGUCUAGAAGUAAAGUGUUAUUGGCCCCCAAGAAAACUAGAAGCUGUAGAAAUAUGGAAGACUGAAUAAUUCUGGAAAUAGUUCAUAAGAAUUUAUUGGCCUUUGUGACUAGUUUGAUAUGGGAGUAGAACAAAAGAGAAAAACAUUUUGUGUUUAUUUUUAGAGUACUUAUAUGCUCAGAGAGGAAAAAAUAACAGUUGUACCCUUGAUUCUAAUGAAGUGGCUACUCAGGAUUAUUUCUCAAAAUGACAAACUUUUCUUUGUGGGAAAUUGGUGAGAAGCAGGCAAUUUUUUUUUCAUUUACUUUUAUACCACAGAUAAUUAUUUCAGUAAGUUUAUGUGUCAUCCUUAUGAGCACAUCCUCAUGUGCCAGUUUAUUGGGAUACAAAGAUGUCUAUAAAAGAUAUUUUAAAUCCAAGCAAUAAACUAUUUUACUUUGAAUUUUUAGCAGUCAUAUUUACUGUCUCUCACUCUGUGGUCCUCUUCUCUUCUUUGUAAGUAAAGGGAUCAACACGAAGUACAGUUGACCCUUGAACAAUGUGGGGGUUAGGGGCACUGACUCUCGCACAGUCGAAAAUCCACAUACAGCUUCACAGUUGGCUCUCUGUAUGGGCAGUUCUGCAUCCAUGGAUUCAACCAACCAUGGAUCAUAUAGUAUGUAUUUAGUGAAAAAAAAAUUCACCUAUGAGUAAGUGGAUCCACGCAGUUCAAACCCAUGUUGUUUAAGGAUCAACGGCAGUUGCUUUCAGACAUAGUUCCCUAGAGUUCUAUAGAACAGCACUCUCCUAUCACCUCAGGGGAAAGAGGGAGUCUGGCUCCAGCAGCCCUUCAUCCCAGCUUCAACCAGAGCAAUUCUGCUUUCAUCUAUUUUACAUGCUGGGAUUUUCUGUCAGAUUUUCUAGCACUAGCUAAAAAAAGGAAAACCAUUGCUCUGUGUGAUCCCUAAGGAUAUUUUCAGUUCAAACAAUUUUAGUCAGUGUUAAAUAAAUUCAGCUAGGCUAACCUGCACAAAUUAUUGUCAGCAUAAUGAAGUACAAAGAGCACUUGUAUUUGAAUCCUCAUUCUGUUGCCUGUGACCCUCAGAUAUGCACUUAAAGUCCCAGGUUUUAUUUUCCAACUAUAAAUGAGAUAAUGUACUUUGCUUAACAUUGAAUUGUCUUAAGGUCAAAUUUAUAGUCCCAUUUUGCUUAUAUAUUUCAAAUUUCAGGUUAGAUCAAGAGUAAACAAACUUUUUUCUGUAUAGGGCCAAAUAGUAAAUAUUUUAGGCUUUGCAAGGUGUGUAAGGUCUGGCCCUUGGGCUGCAGUUUGCUGAUCCCUGCUUUUAUUAUUAAUAUCUAAUUACUUAAAAUUAAUUGCCAAAACCAUCAAUAAGAAUAUUAUAAAUUAAUCCCAAUUAAGAGCAAAGUUUACUCUGUUCUGUUUAGUUUGAUUUUUGGUAUCAGUUUAUCUCUAUAAUCUACUAUAGUAGAUUGUAUCUACUGUAAGCAGUAUAAUUUGUGGGAGUCAUUCACAACAGGCUAUGUGGCUCUCUGGUUUCGAUCAUUUAUAAAAGUACAUAAAGUAUUUUAAAAAGUAUAUCAGUUUGACAUAUAGCCUGUGAAAUUUAAUUUGCCUGAAUUUGAUAACAAGCAAAUUCAUUGUUAUUUAAAAAAGUCAAGUUGAAAAAAAAAUUUAAAAAAAGCAAGUUGAAGGAAAACGGAGGUCAUUGUUUUUUUAUAAUGUUCUUUAAAAUUCAUUUUUAAUGGUAAUUAUUCUCACUUUACUUAGGAUUUAUUAUUAUUAUCCUC